AGCGGUAACCCUUAGCGAUAUCUAGUAACGAAACUUUUGUCAAACUUUUGAACAUUUUAUAAAAUAUGACAUCGUGGCUCUUUCUCUUUCUAAUCUACCCCAUUAAUUCCAUAAUGGUGUCUGUACGUGGCGCCCCUGAAACAUCAACGAGCUACCCGACGGGAAUAAUCAAUGAUUUGACAUGGGACGAGUGUGUCGAACAGUGUAUAACAACGGAAAAUUGUAUACUAGCAUACUCUAAUAGCCUGGAUGUGUGUUAUUUAUACGCUGUUGGAGAUGUUAUUGAGGUUAGAAACGAUCAGAAUGGGUAUUCAGAUCUGAAGGAUACGGUGUCUUUCAAGAUGCUGAAAUGGCCUGAACAAUGUGCAAAACGAUCUGUGAAUAUGUUGGUUGGAAUUAUUAACCCUUAUAAAAAGAAUAAUAUAACAUCCUAUACAAUAGCAAUUUCUCCGGAGACUGGGAACUAUCAAAUUAAAUAUGUAUACACCUUAACCGACGGCUGUGGCGAUUGGCUGAAGCCUGUGCCAACUUGCCAGAACUGCCCUGUCACCAUGUUCAGCUUCAUCGCUAUGCCGGAAACACGAACUGUAAUAGCCCCGCCAAACAUUAAAUCAUGGACGGACUGCAUGUUCGCAUGCUAUUUGAAUACAAAUUGUAUGGCGGCUUUUAUGACGGGAUAUCCUAAUUGUCGAAAUGUCAUGUAUGGGAAUGUUACCUCGUGGAUCAAACUUCUUGCAAAGCUUCCUAAAAGCAAAUCACUCUUGAACUAUAUAGCGGUGAAGUACGUUUACGACAAAGUAUCAUGUUUGAAAAACUUUGCGUCGUUGUUUACUUCAUCUACAUUAUAUACCCAAUCAACUGAUCAAUACUCUUCAUAUCAGACAACGACCUUAUCUGAUAACAAAACAACUAUUCAGUAUUUUUGAUUUAAAGAAACUCGGCUUUGUGCUCUCCAUUAAUUGUAAAUAAACUAGAACUGUUA